CUACAUUUGGCGACAAAUGAUGAGUCACUACCACUUAUAUAGGUAGGUAGGUACUAGUGUACUACCCAAACAUUAUUUAAUUAUUAAUGUAUCCAAUAUAGUUUCUUAGUCACCACAGUAAUUUUUAUCCAAUAUACACCACAGUCGAUGUCUAUGCUUGAUCAUUUGCUGUGCGUCUGUGAUAUAUAAGACGAAUGAUUCAUUUCUGACGACUCACUGCUGUAGACCUUCUCGCCACCAAACUUCUAGAUCUCUUCCAAACUUAAAUCAUUCUCGUAUUCGCAUUUGAUUGAAUUCGAUUGCUCUGUUCUCGUCGUUUCGUUCAAUCCCGUCGAUUUUGUCAUGGCUCAAGCUCCAAUACUCAAUCCGACUCUUCCGUUUGUUGGACCGAUACAAAAUGGUUUGAAACAAGGCACGAUGCUCAGCUUCCAUGGCACGUCAUUCCCGUCCUCAAACAGGGUCUGUAUAAAUUUACAAAUUGGUCCAAAUGUUGCUCCUCGAGACUCUGUAGCCCUGUUUGUUGCUUUAGACUUCAACCGUAACUUGAUUGUCAGGAAUACUAUUCAAGCACAAAAUUGGGGCGUGGAGGAAUCUCACGGUCCACCUGUGGCCCUAAUUCGAGGUCAGCCGUUUAAAUUGGACAUACUGUGUGAUGCUUAUGAAUAUAAAAUUGCAUUUAAUGGAUCCCACUACGCAGAAAUGAAACACAGAAUACCAUUUCAAAGUGUGUUUUAUUUAGCUAUUGAUGGAGAAGCACAAUUACAUAGUAUACAAAUAUCAAUGUCUGGUAAUCCUCCUGGGUAUAUGCCCAUACCUGGACAGAUGCCAAUGCCCGGACAGAUGCCUAUGCCCGGACAGAUGCCUAUGCCCGGACAGAUGCCUAUGCCCGGACAGAUGCCUAUGCCUGGACAGAUGCCUAUGUCUGGAAGCUAUGCACCUGGACAUAUUUCAUCAGCAGGUCAUAUGCAUAUGCCAGGAGCUCCACCUGGAACUGUUCCUCCUUAUGCAUCAGGUUAUAGUGCCUAUCCUGGCCAAACUCAUAAUUCACCUUAUUUACAGAAACACACAAGUUCACCAAUUAAACAUGCUAUCAAUCAAGGACUAACUAAUUAUGCUGUAACUGGACAUAUUCACCCUCGUAAAGCAGCAAAAGCUCAAAAAAAACAAGCCAAAAAAGCUGCCAAAAAAGCUUUGAAAUAUGGUAUUCCUGUUGCUGGAUUUGUUGGAUCCGGUGUUGGUGCCUAUGCGUCUAUGCCGCGUAAAGCAGCAAAAGCUCAAAAAAAACAAGCCAAAAAAGCCGCCAAAAAAGCUUUGAAAUAUGGUAUUCCUGUUGCUGGAGUUGCUGGAGCCGGUGUUGGUGCCUAUGCAAUGUACGAAGGGUAUAAACACCAUAAGGGAUCAAAGUCAUCAAGUAGUAGCAGUAGUAGCAGUAGUAGCAGCAGUAGCAGUGAUUGAAUGAAUGUUAAUUACAUGUUCUUAAGUUGCUUAACAAUAAAUUGUAUUCCUUUUAUUGCCUAUAUUAUAUUGGCAUGAUAAUAAUAUUUUUCUAAUUGUUGAUAUAAUCAGAUCUAAUAUGUGUUUUAAUUUAAUUUAAUUUGUAUUUAUUAUUUUAAACAUAUUUUUUCUGUUUCUACUUAUCGUUAUUGUUGUAUAGUCGCAUUUUCUCUGAUAAAAUGCAAUGUUGUG